CUGCGCUGUAAUGUUCCUCGAUGACCGGUCUUCCUGCGUUGCUUCGUUGCUGAUCAUCCCUACCGAAACACGCGGUCUUUCCUCACAGCCGUGAGAGGUGGUAUUUUGAUGACUCAGCAAAAGCCAGAGCGUCACUCAUCCCGGUACGAACGCCCCUGGCUCAUCACGGCCGCCCACAGCUUCGAAGCGGCAUACCAAUGUGGUUCCAGCCGUCGAACCUAGCCGCGUGGGCCACGGAUGUACUAGUCUGUGCAACAGAUCUCCAAAGCGGGACCCCGGCCCCUCCCUACGUCGAUGGGCGAGCUCUAAGUAUAUGAGUAUCAUGAGGGCGUUUGUCCACAUCGAUCACCUUAGCCCCGCCCUCCAGCCUGUGCUCUUGAGCCCUGAGUGAUAGACCCUACGAGAGAACGGUGUCCUACUGCGUGAUGCUUUCGAAUAGUCCUGUGGCCAUCGCCCUCGUCGGUAUUGCUGCGGAGCUACCGAGCGGGGAUUGGAGCAAAUCGAACCUUGAUUACAGUUCGUUUUAUGACUUUCUCUUGCAAGGCGGACAGGCGUACGAGAGCAUACCUCUAGACCGUUUCAAUGUACACAAGCUCAAGGGAACUGCGUCUGGUCAGUUGGCGGCCGACACGGGCGCGUUUCUCAAAGACAUAGGCCUGUUCGAUCCGGUCGAGUUCGGUGUCACGAACAAGGAUAUCAGAAUGAUGAGCGUAGGCACAAGGAAGCUGAUAGAAGCGACAUUCCUUGCCCUGCUCGACUCCGGCAUUGACUACCGGGGGCGUGAUAUCGGUUGCUACAUGUCGGCUGUGGCCCACGACAUGACUUCAGUGUCGGGACAUGAUGAUGCCGAGGUUCGCGGGUCAUUCUCAAGUGGUCCGGCGAUGGUCGCGAACCGCGUCUCUUAUCAUCUCGAUCUUCGUGGUCCGACCAUACCGCUUGAUACGGCAUGCAGCUCAACGCUUCACGCCACUCAUCUAGCUGUCCAAGCGCUACGGGCUGGGGAGUGCGAAGCGGCUGUUGUUGGGGGCUGCCAGGUCAAUCAUAGGUUCGCGGAGUGGUUAACAUACACCCAAGGAGGUGUCCUGUCCCCCGAUGGUAAAUGCAAGCCAUUUGAUGCGACUGCGAACGGAUUCGGACGAGGCGAAGCCACAGUCUCCAUUGUUCUCAAGCCACUCGACGCGGCGCUCCGUGAUCGAGAUCGAAUUUAUGCUACAAUCCUUGGAACCAGCAUCAACUCCUCAGGCUCGCUUGCCCCAGUGAACGCACCAGUCGCAUCAGCGCAACAGAGAGCUAUGCUGCGUGCCUUCGCUGAGGCACGGCGAUCUCCCCGGGACGUUGAUUUCAUCGAGCUGCAUGCGACUGGCACGGCGUCCGGAGACCCAACGGAGGCCAACUGGGUCGGCGUACAAUUCAAGAGAGACUCGGAGCUGCUCGUCGGGAGCGUGAAGGGCAACAUUGGGCAUACCGAAAUCACAGCGUUCCUCGCGUCUCUAUGUAAGGUCUGCCAUAUCAUAGAAUACGGCGUCAUCCCCCCUACUGUCAACCUCACCGUCCCAAAUCCGGCCAUUCGAUGGGCAGACCACAACAUGCGUGUGCCUGUCACCCCGGAAAAGCUCAGUAUCCGGUCCUCCUCUGGACGUGCCCUCAUUGCAAUGUCGAGCUCCGGAAUCGGUGGUGCGAAUGGCCACUGCGUCAUCGAAGCUCAUGCUCCCAAUACGGACGCCGUAGCGCGACUUUGGUCCUGCGAUAGGUCAAUAAUCCCGUUGCUCCUGAUCGCAGGCGGCCUGUCACCGCGCUCUGCCUCUGCUGUCGGCGAAUCGCUCAAGACUAUCCUAGCUGACCGAGAUCGUGCCUGUAUUGGCCGUAUCCUCGGCCGACGAUCACGAUCAAUGCUGUGGAAAGCCUACUCUGUCUCUCCCGAUGGGCAGAUCCCCCUCUUCGCGGAACCCGUGCUUACGCCGAAGGCUGCGCCGGAGGUCGUGUUCGUUUUCUCCGGACAGGGCCCACAACACUGGAACAUGGGCCGCGAGUUGUUCAGGACUUGCGUGCCGUUCCAUGACACCGUCGUAGAGCUUGACGCAAUAUUUACUGAGGUGACCGGCAGGUCUCUGACUACAGACAUCGGCCUCUUCGACGACUCCGGCGUACCCGACAGUCUGGGUGACAUCUGGCCGAUCUCCAUCACACUUCCCGCGCUGACCAUUCUGCAAAUUGCGCUCGUCGACACUCUGGCUGCCGUCGGCGUGAAGCCGGAUGUAGUGGUCGGUCACUCUGCAGGCGAGACCGCAGUGCUGUACGCGUCGGGCGCAGCCACAAAGGCGAUGGCGGUCGAACUUUCGAUUGCGAGAGGUCAAGCGAUGGAGGUACUGGAGGCACACGACGGAGCCAUGGCGGCCGUGGCCUGCUCUGCUGCGCGGGCGAAAGAGCUCAUUGCUGAGGUGAUUGCGGAGCUCGGGCCUGCUGCCCUGGAAGUUGGUUGUUACAACGCGCCGAACGCCGUCACAUUGUCCGGCUCAACGAAGCAUAUUGUAUAUGCUGUGGGCCUAGCUAAGGCAUCUGGGAUCCUCGCGACGCAACUGCGGACGCGUACACCUGUCCAUUCGUCAAUGGUGACGCUUUGUCAGAGGGAGUAUGAACAACGGGUAGGAGAGGUGUUCAAUAAAUACGCUGUGGGGCUCACGAAGGUCGAAACAUUUUCGACGCUCACCGGUGACGCGCUCAGCACGCCAUACGACGCUCGCUAUUUCUGGGAUAAUACGCUCGGACCAGUCAUGUUCGAUUCUGCUAUGAUAGCUAUCCGUUCUCGGCACCCGCAGGCAAUAUUCGUCGAAAUUGGACCCCAUCCGGUACUCUCAGGAUAUAUCACCGCGAAUCUCGGACAGCCAGCAACAGUACUCACUCCGCUGAAACGAGCCAGGUCCUCAGUGGCCGGCGAACUCGUACCACUCAUGGACUUCAUUGGGCGGUUGGUCUGCGCGGGCUACUCAACAGUGGAUAUGGAUGUGCUUUAUGGUACUGCGAUUAGCCAAGGAACGGUCAUUCCGCCAUAUCCAUUGGCCCGGAAGGAGGUCCCAUACGUAGCUCCGACAUUCGAGAUCGCUCGACAAAGACAGGCGCGUCGAGGUCCACUGAACUACCCUCAAUUGCGGAUCAACGUUCAUACCCAUCCUGGUCUAGCAGACCACGUCAUCAUGAACGAACCGAUCAUGCCUGCGGCUGGUUUCCUGGAGAUGGCACUCGAGUUCGGGGCGAAAAGGCUGUGGGAUGUGCAAUUCCAUUCAAUAUUGUCCCUCGCGUCAGAACGACCCACGCCCAUUGACGUGGCGCUAGACGGUCCCAAGUGGAGUGUCCGCAGUGCAGCCGUUGCGGAAUUCACAAGUACAUGGCCCCCAACAUAUCAUCGCGUGCAUACGACGGGAUAUCUCUCCAUGGAUAACGAGGUGUAUACAGAUACGCCUGUGCUGCCCCUCGACGAUAUACGUGCUCGGCUAAAGAAAAUGGAGAUGAAAGGUUUCUACAGCGGCCUCGAUUUGUUUACAAACUAUGGGCCUACCUACAGGAGAGUGCUGUCUUGCUAUCAUGGACUCACCUCAUCAGGGCGAGAGGAAUUUCUGGUAGAAAUCCGCGGCGCAGGGAACGAUCUGGAUAACGUCUCAGACUACCGACUACACCCGGCCAUACUUGAUGCUGCUCUCCAUAUUGCUGUACACCCGACAAUCACCGGUGCGCUCAGCCAGGGACGCUAUUACCUGCCGUCGAAAUUGGGCACAAUGAUCAUCCACGAUGCCCUUGCACAAGGUAUCCCUGAGAAACUCUACGCGCACGGUGUAUUCGUCAAAUGGACCCCAGAGGCACUCACAUAUAACUUCACACUCACGAACGAGGCCGGCUUGCCGCUAUGCACAAUCGAGGGACUGGAGGUGGCCGCUCAUGGGAAAACGCCACUGCUAGUGCAGAACCGAUAUGAGAUUGUGUACCAACGACUUGAUAUCGGCCUCUCAGGAGCUUUUGAGACAAGCGGUGACGGAACUGCCUUCGAAACAGACGCGAGUAUCGAUGCGUCAUCUCAAACUGGAUCGUCACCGUUGCGGGUCCUCCAUUACCACCGAGGCGAGGAGCUGAAUCAUCAACAAACAAUUCGCUAUCUCGAUCCUUCGGACAAGCUCUCGGUCUGUUUCGUUGCAUCAGCAGGCAGGGACGGUGAUGCUGUCCUCGGUUUCACGAGGUCUCUCCGCAAAGAGCACCCGUCAUGGCGAGUGUAUUGCAUAGUCUUUACCUCGUCAUGGCCAAUCGCUCAGCAAGAGGCGGCAGCGCGGUAUCUUUGUACCAUUCCACUGGCGGAGGAAGAAAUGUUGAUAGAAGCCAACGGGGCGGUAACCGUAGCAAGGGUUGUCCCGUCCAUUGCUCCUAGGCGGACCACGACUUUCGAUCCUGAGGCCCCGUGGGUAUAUCAAGGCUCUACCUUCUCGCAAGUGUCCAAACCGACGGUACCACCCAAUCAUGUUCUCGUCCGCAUCAUGGGCGUAUCUUCGAACAUGUCUUCGUGCUGGGCAUUCGUUGGAUACGUGGAUGGUUCACCCAGCAUUUACCUUGGCGUCACACUCAGCCCGCUGACCAACUACGUCGUCGCGCAUCGUGGCAGCUUGCUGCAGCUGACAGGUAUUCAGAGUCUCGGCCAUGGCCCUCGUGUGCUUGCUGCUAUCAUUGCCGUCCUGGCCGUUGGACCUGCCAAUUAUAACGACCCCCAGCGAUUGAAGGACACGUGUAUCUUAGUGACACACUCGGAUACUACGAUCGGACGCAGUCUAUGCCAACUUUACGAGGGCCGUGGCUUCCACAUAGCACGCCUUUCAUCGCAGGCUAGCGUGUCAAAGAUCAGGGCUGCGCUCUCACAGCGACCGAAAUUCAUCGUUUCCGGGAGGGAGAAGACGAUGGACAUCGACAUCGACGAGACCGUAACCCGACUGCAAACAGGAAGGGUAUUUCAGUGGGACGACCCGGGCACGGGGAUGGCUCAUGUGCUUACAAAUGACCCAUGGACAAUCGGCGAUGCACUGAAGCUCGCGCUGCUGGACAUCGUACACGCAGACUCAAACGAAGCGCUCAUUCCUCCGAUUCGAGCGCUCAAUGUAGUACCCCCGGCGGAAGUCCCGCUGCAGACUACCAUCUUCCACCCAGAGAAGGCGUAUAUGCUGAUAGGAGGCAUCGGAGGUUUUGGCCCGCACCUCGCCAGGUGGAUGUAUGAGAACGGAGCGCGUGAACUCAUCCUGACUUCCCGCUCAGGAACAGCUACUCUUGUGCCCAAAAACGACUACACGGCUUUGCGGCUCUUGGCGUAUCUCCGCUCAAGAAAGGAUCUGGUACUGCGAACAGAAGCCGUCGACGCGUCAUCAGUCGAGCAGACCAAGGACUUGGUGGCUUCAAUCAAGAAGCCGCUUGGCGGAUGCAUGAUCCUCACUGCCGUCCUGAUCGACCGUACUUUCCUGACGCAGACUCCGGAUACAUUCGAAGCACCCUUCAACGCAAAAGUGGGCGCAUUUGAUGCUCUCGAGAGGGCCAUCGACAUAGACACGUUGGAUUUCAUGAUUGCCUAUUCGUCUGUCGCAGGGAUGUUGGGGAAUGCUGGACAGACGAAUUACUCCAGCGCGAACACCGCAUUGACAGGGCUGACGAGACGCUACAAGAAAGCCGCGACCAUGAUCCCACCAAUGAUACUUACUGGCACAUUCCUCACCGUGUCUGCUACGGACAGUGUGCAAUGGUCGCGCUUUAGGCACUUGCAUGCUUGGGCUAUGACAGGCGAAGAGGUCUGCGAAAGGAUCGGCGACAUGCUGCUGAAGCUUCGUGAAGGCCCCCUGUGGCAGUAUAUUCCCGACUUCGACUGGAAUAUCGUUCGCAAGUAUAAUGGGCCCUCCCCACUCUUCGAUCACCUCGCAGUCCAAGCCUCGUCCUCAGAGACACAAAGUGCGUUAGAAAGCAAGUCGGACCGCGACCUGUGUGACAUUAUCUGCGACUUACUCGACAUCGACCACGAAGACCUGUCCCCAGAUGUGCCGCUCACGACUUACGGUCUGGACUCGCUGUCAGCCACAGCAUUAUCACAUGCCCUGGAACCGUACCUCCCAAUCUCGCAGCUUCAGCUUCUGGCCGACGUCACGCUGGCUGACCUAGAGGCGCGUUGUGAGGCGUCAAACGACAGGAGUGACCAUUACAUAUGUCGCCACCGAACUGGACGUACCUACACAGACAUAGAUAGAAGAUAAGCCUACGGUCGGGCUGAAUAGCGGCGCAGGGUAGGCUAAAUCCUGCCUCGACACCAAGGACGACGUCUAGGCAGAAACCCGUAGCGAUAGCGAAGCUGUGUUUGUGAAGGUCGAUACAGGGCAUGAUGAACUGGGUGUAUGCAUCGACUUAUGUGCUUGAAUGGCAUUGCUUAUGUGCAUCAGCAAAACCCGGGAAAUCCGGUAUGCCCUG